UCAAACACCUCAACGACAGGAAGCUCUAUCAUCAGCUUGCUCUGCACCGCUGUGGUGUAUGCGUGUGUGCGCAUGAGUGUGUGAGAGAGAGAUGCCUUUGUAAAUCAAGUGCGUCUGUUAAUGUGGGAAGUAAAACUGUGAUGUGACGUCCACAUCUUUACAAUUUGGCAGCACAUGUCUUUGACAAACGCUGAAGAAGAUCUCGAUGGUUUGUCUGUAAUUUCAGGUGAAAUGUGUUGUUAGUAGAAAGAUAACGGUUAUGUGAAGGUUACGUCUGCUGAAGUGGCCCAGCAUUGAUAUCUGUGUCUACUGCCGACAAAAAUACGUGAGAGAGACAUAAACAUGGGGAACUGCGGCUCUUUUGAUCCUGAUGAUGAAUUCUCCUACCAUCCAGAUGAAUGGUGCGACCAGUGUAACUGCCCCAAGCCUCCAGUCAGUCAGAACUUUGAUCCUCUGAUUCCAUAUCCAUCUCAAUACACACCUCCACCAUCAUCUCCUCUUCCAGAGAACCUGGUAGUGGCCAUAUACAAAUAUGAUCCAGCCCACAGUGAUGACCUGGGGUUUGAGAAAGGGGAGAAGAUGAAAAUCCUAAACUGUGAUGAUCCUGAAUGGUACAUGGCGGAGUCUCUGUUCACCGGCCAGAAGGGUUACAUACCAAAGAAUUUUGUAGCAAAACUGAACAGCAUGGAGACAGAACCGUGGUUCUUUAAAAAUCUCUCCAGGAAUGACGCCAUGAGGCAGUUACUGGCUCCUGGAAACACACAGGGCUCGUUCCUCAUCAGAGAGAGCGAGACGCAGCCAGGUAGUUUCUCCAUCUCUGUGAGAGACCUGGACCCCAUGCAAGGGGACAUCAUCAAGCACUACAGGAUUCGCAACAUGGACGCAGGUGGAUUCUACAUCACCAACAAGAUCUCCUUCAGCUCCCUAUCAGAACUCGUCAAACAUUAUUCACGAGAGGCUGAUGGACUGUGCACUCGGCUGGUAAAACCGUGUCAGACCAGAGCGCCCCAAAAACCCUGGUGGCAGGAUGAGUGGGAAGUGCCUCGCGAGUCUCUCAAACUAGAGCGCAGACUGGGGCAGGGACAGUUCGGAGAAGUAUGGAUGGGGCUAUAUAACAACAACCGUCAAGUGGCUAUCAAGAGUCUAAAGGCUGGAACCAUGUCCAUCAGUGCUUUCCUGGCUGAAGCAAACCUGAUGAAGUCCCUACAGCACCCUCGACUGGUGCGACUCUUCGCUGUGGUCACGCAGGAGCCCAUUUACAUCAUCACCGAGUACAUGGAGAACGGCAGCUUGGUGGAUUUUUUGAAAACUCCAGAAGGAAGUGAUAUACCCAUCAAUACGCUCAUUGACAUGGCUGCUCAGGUCGCAGAAGGAAUGGCUUACGUAGAGCAAAAGAACUACAUCCACAGAGACUUAAGAGCUGCCAAUAUUCUGGUUUCUGAUGAGCUCAUAUGCAAGAUUGCUGACUUCGGCCUGGCCCGUCUCAUCGAAAACAAUGAAUACACCGCCAGAGAAGGUGCGAAGUUUCCUAUCAAAUGGACGGCACCAGAGGCCAUAAACUACGGCACAUUCUCAAUCAAAUCAGAUGUCUGGUCAUUUGGCGUACUGCUGACAGAGAUCGUUACCUAUGGAAGAAUCCCAUAUCCAGGAAUGACAAAUCCAGAGGUGAUCGCAAACCUCGAGAGGGGCUACCGCAUGCCUUGCCCCGAUAACUGUCCUGAGGCUCUCUAUAAUGUCAUGAAACACUGCUGGACGGAGAACCCAGACAAUCGGCCCACCUUCGAGUUCCUGCGCAGCGUUCUAGAGGACUUUUUCACCGCCACAGAGGGACAGUACCAGGAGCAGCCCUGCUGAACAGAGUAAACUGAAAAUCCAUGGGCUCAUAUUAAAGACUUUCAAAGCAAAAAACUGAGAUUAUAUGCCUUAUCCUAUUUUAUCUUGAUCUUAUUUUGUUUGUGUGUAUAUUUUUAGCCGAUAAAAAGUUUGUUUUUUUUUUCAAUUUUUUAAUGACAAGCCAAACAGGGAAACUUCAGGUUCACCUGAUCUGGUCUGGUUGAAUUAUCUGCCUUGUUUUUUUUAAUUGAGAUUUUAAUAAUUUCUGCUGUAAGAACUUUUUAUUUUCACUUAAGUAAACUGCAUCCUUUUUUUUUUUAAGUAAAACUAUUUAAGAGAUAAACAGGCCUCAUUCGGUCUUUCAUCCAUUUCGACGGCUCAUUUACAGAUUCACUGUGACCACUGCAAGUCUUGUUUAAAGAAUCUGAAGUGAAAUGGUUUUAUUCUCACCUUCACAUAUCAACAUCUUCAUGUGAAAACUUGGCCAUUCAUAAGUUAUCAACAGACAAAACUGACUGCUUAUCAUAAGGAAAUACAGAAAGCACGGGUCUCAAACUCAAUUCCUGGAGGGCCACAGCUCUGCAGUUUUGCUCCAACCCUAAUCAAACACAGCCGAUCUAGGGGCGGGAUUAAACAAGAUGAUUAGACAUUAAAAAAGCGAGCGAUUGGUCCAUAUUUUAAAUUCCUGUCCAGAGAGGUCAUGUUUUGAUUUUUUAUAUGGUCUCACACAAUCAUGUGAUGCGAUUUCUCAGGUCAGAGUUCACCAAGCUUGAACUUUCCAACACGGUGAACUGUGAAACUUUUCACACGAGCUUGCGUUUCCAGUCUGACACAUUUGCGUGCGUAUGAAUGGAAUUCUAUGGGGAGUAAUCAUUGCAGGUGUGUUGAGGCAAGUUGGAGCUAAAAUCUGCAGGAUACUUGCCCUCUAGGAUAGAGUUUGGAUACCCUUAGUCUAGAAUGUCUUGUUUUGUGUUAAACAGAAGAAAGAAAAUGUUCUCGAAUUGAGUGUGAGAGUAAAUGGGGAAAUGUUCAUUUUGGGGUGAAAUAUUCCUUUAAACCAAGAAAAGAAAAAUGUUAUAUUUUGAAUGAAACAAUACAUCAAUCCAUUUAUUAUGUCAACAUUAAUUAAUGAGCACACAUUAAAGAUUUAUCAGCAACACAGUUUGACCUGCUGCUCUCUCAAUAUCUGCUCUCAUUUUCCCACAUUUUCCAGUGGAAAUGUCGAAAGAUUCUUACAGAUUUGUACUUGGGAAGCAAAACAUUCUUGAGAUAAGUUGCAUUUUCAGAUCAAAUUGAAGCAAAUUAUGAUUAGAAAGUUCCAGCUUUUGUGCUCAGAAAAAUCUGCUAAAUUCAAAUGUAAAUUUCAUAGGGGUUAACACUUCCUUUGGCCUCAGAAAAGAAUCAGUCCCCCCUGUUGUUUUAGUGUAAAGAAACUGUUCUUUCUCUUCCUGUUAUGUCAUUAGACAUUUUUAUGCCAUUAAAAACAAUCACCAGCAUCACUGUAUUGUGUUUUAAAUCCUCAAAAUGUAAUAUGUUUUGGGGAAACAGUAUUCCCAUAGAAUCAGUUUCUCAUGUGUUUUAGGUGUAAAGACCCCUUUAUAUGUAGUAAAGACGUUUUCAAAUAUGAAUAAAACAUUUGAGGCUAUCUUUUAAUUCUAUCAUGUAUUGUAUCCAUGUUUUUAGUG